AUGGAAGAAAAAGUAUCCUUCAACCUGAUGAACAAACCCAGUUACCCGACAUCUGUGAUACCCCACGCAUUUGUCAUCAAAGCUUUGAUUAGUUUGUCCUUUGGGGGAGCAAUUGGGCUGAUGUUUUUGAUGCUUGGAUGUGCCCUUCCAAUAUACAACAAAUACUGGCCCCUCUUUGUUCUGUCUUUCUACGUCCUCUCACCUAUCCCGUACUGCAUAGCGAGAAGGUUAGUAGACGACACAGACGCUAUGAGCAACGCGUGUAAGGAACUCGCCAUAUUUCUUACAACAGGCAUUGUUGUCUCAGCUUUUGGACUCCCUAUUGUAUUUGCCAGAGCACAUCUGAUUGAAUGGGGAGCUUGCGCGCUUGUUCUCACAGGAAACACAGUCAUCUUUGCAACCAUACUAGGCUUCUUCUUGGUCUUCGGAAGCAAUGACGACUUCAGCUGGCAGCAGUGGUGAAAGGAAUUACUGAACUAUUGUCACAUGGACCUCUUGUCGUUUGUUGGCCAUCCAUGCACACAGGAGAGUAAUGCUGUAUGGUAUAGCGAGCCUCUUGGGGGUAAAAGCCUCUUCUCACUUUUAUUGUAAGCAUACUAUUUUCACAGAGACUUGCUGAAGGAUUAAAAGGAUUUUCUCUUUUGGAAAAGCUUGACUGAUUUCACACAUAUCUAUAGUAUGCUUUUUGUAGUGUCCUGCUGAAUUUAAAUAUUUAUGUGUUUUUCCUGUUCAGUUUUUUUUUUUAAAUCAAUAUGCAAUGUUAAACAUUUUUUAAAUGUAAUAACCGUUUGCAUUGGUUAGGAAUUCAGAAUUCUGCUGGCUAUAUUACUGGGCUAAAGUAUAUCUUUUCUCUUAAAAUUAUUUAACCUCCAUUAUCACAAAAAGUUAUAAAAAUAAGUUUUCAAUCAUCCAGGAUGACAUCACUGCCAAUGUUAUGCAAACAUGCAGACCAUUGGCAUACCUUAUAGACUAUAUACUCAGUGCAAAUAUAACUGCAUUUAUACCUCAGAGGGGCCAAGUAUUAAUGCCUAAGCCCUCCAUAAGGGUUGCUGGUUUUACUAGUAGACAGGUGUUUUGUGAAUUGAAAAUUAUUUUAUGGAAUUGCUAUAAAGGAGUACUUUUCUUCUCAAUUGUUAGAAGAAUUUAUGUUAAACUUUAAGGUAAGGGUAUAAAAACAGAUUUUUGAGAUAUGGUUUUUAUUUAUGUUUAUUAUAGUUAAAGGGAGUUGCAGUGUGGGAAGAAACAACAUCGAAAUUCCAUUUUUUGAAUCCUGUUUCUAUUUAUAAGUGAAGUUUUUGAUCUUUGAUCUUCUAUCAGCCUUUCAUGUUUUACCAUGGGUAAAAUGGACAUACAUAGAACUACUGAUGAGGGAAAGUUGUAUGUUGUACCAUAUGUACCAGGAAACCUUCCUCUGCUUCCUCCUUUUAACGUAUUUUGUACAUUGUGUAUAUUAAGUAGAGUAACUUUUCAAACAUAGUUUAAUAUCACUUAGAGGUGUUUAACUCACCUGGAAAAUAACUGCUAUGCCAUACAUUCAAAGUUUCCCCUCCCCUGCAAGGCCUUGACAUAAUUAACAAGUGACUUGUUAGUCUUGCAGAUAAUUCAUGCAUUAACAGUUUAAGAUUUAGACCAUGGUAACGGUAGCUCACAUUCUCUAAGGUUAUAUCAUGUGUAAUUUAAAGAUAUUUAAGUUUUCUGUAUACCUCUCAACUGUUUUGAUUUUGAUUUCGUCGUGAUAGAUCUGCUAUUUCCUUAUAAAAGGCAUUUAUUGUGUUAAUUAAUGCAAAGUAGCAAAAUCCAGCUAUAUAGCAGCUUCAGGCAUAAACCUGACCAAAAAAUUCCCAGUAACCAGGCAUGAUCAAAUUGAAGUGGUCAUUUACAUCACAGUUAUCAGUACUUUUUCAGGAGCUGGUUGUGAAGAUGUUGAAGUUGGUCUGACAAUAUUUUGUUAAAGAUAUUUGUUUGUAUGUUUAUUCAGUAUACUUACAUAAAAAUUGUUUGGCCUUCAGCCAAAACUGAGUAAUCUUGACAGCUAUCUUCCAUUGUUUUAUAAAGUUUAUUUCUCAAGAAAAUGGGAACAAAUUUUGGAUUUGUUCAGCUUUUUACUAAAGAUGUCUAAAGCCACAGGUUUUAUUGCCUAACCCAAGUUGUUACUUUUAGCUGUGAGAUGGGAAGCAGGGUGAAAUAUUGAUCGGCAUGUGGCUGUACCAUUUACACAUUAGGCUGAAAAUGGCUUAUGGCUUUAUGAUGUUCUAGACUUAAAGAGAAAUGUACAAGUGCACAUGAAUUAGUCAGCUGGUGACAGAGUUGGGGACUCUUUGUGCCUGUGAUCUACUGGAUUUUUUUGCAGGAAGUGCAUUCUCUGGUCCUUCCCCAUUUUCUGUUCUUCUAGAUGUCAGUUCAGUGCGCUGAAAUGGUUUUACUCGCUUAGCCAUACACUCUUUCUACCAGCUGCAUAUUCUUUCUGUAUACUAACUUCAUUGGCAGCAUUGUGUCUUUGACCUUGCACACUAGCUUGACAUAGUGCUGUCUCUGAUUUCUAGGCUAGUCACUUGAGGUAUGAAUUUUCCUUAGAAUAUGCACUGAUACAGCAUUGCCAUUCUUCUAUGGAAAGAAAACUUUUGAUGAUGAAACAAUAAAGAUUUUAAAUAUCUACUUUAGUUUAUGGUGUUUUUGAGAUGAAAAUGUACUGCACACUUCAGUUUCUGAAGUGUAUUAAUCAUUAUAAUAAUGUGAUAUGAAGCAAGUAUGACAGUUGUAAUGCUAGAAACCAUAGUAACAAAUAUUACAAUUAAGUCCUGUGAUUUUGAGCUAUAGUAAAAGGACUAGUAAUCUGCAGAAGUAGAAUUUUUACCUAACUUUUUACCAAAACAAUCAAGGUUUUGUUGAUGUAAAAAGACUACUAAUGAUCUAAAGUCAAGAUCCUACUUGUUCUUAAACUUUCAGAACUUUUUUAAGCCUGCAUGUUUCAGAGCAUUUUACUUUUUGCAAGCUUUUCAAAUAGUUAAAAAAUUUUCUGUGUGGUGUAACGUGAGCAGAGAAAAGUACUAUUUUAUCAAACAUGAAUCUUGCCCCAAAUUGUCCUGAUUAUAAUCUCAUUAUAUACUUUUAAAAGUUUAAAUCAUAGGUUCUUAGUGUCUACUAUAAUAUGAUUUUUGGGCAUUGUCAAAAUAAUCAAGGUUUCUCAAGUAGACCCUAAGAUUUUAUAUUGAAUGUGACUAGAUUCAUAAGUUUCAGGUAACUAUAAAUCAGUGCAUCAAACUUAACAAGCAGCCAUGCAAAUUACCAUCAAGUGGAAUGAGUGUUUUAGAUCUCAGGAUGCUUUAUGAUGCAUAACAAUUGUUGGGAAAUUCCAAUUCGUAUUUUUUUCACAUAAGCCUAUAUUGCCCUUUUUCUAAGUGAAGAUUAGGAGCUCUUGUUUCAUUACAGGCAUCCUCAUUUUAUGGCAUUCCCAGGGAAGAAAACAUUCUGUAGAUAAAUAAUCCAGGUAACUGAAGCUUAACUCAUUAAAAAGAAACAUUGUUUUAAUCAUUUGACAUAAGUGUUAAAUGGACCGUACACUUGUGUUUUCUUAGGGUAUAUUAAAACAUUUUAAUUCUUUUUUUUUAAUAAUUUAGGACUAUAAUUAUACUUUAUUUUCACCUCAUUUUAAAUGACCACAGACCUAUAUUUUUCUGAAAUUGUGUUUUGCUGGCUUUUCUUACAACUAUUAUAAGAAACUAGCACCCCUUAACUUUGUUUCUAAUUUGCUAAUUUGCAGUAUAUUAGGAAGAGUGGAAAGAUGUCAGGGAAAAAGAUGAGAUAAUCAAGCUCUGAAUUAAUUAUGUAACAUUUCUGUACACAGUGCAACAUCAGUGGACUUAAUUAGGGUGUCUCCCACUUAUACAAAUGAAAUGCUUUGUGUCAGGAAUUCUUCCUGCUAAAAAGUCCUUUUUUUUUUUUUUUUUUUUUUUUCUGGUUCUUAAUUGUUUACCAUAUAAUCCAGGGUUGCAAAAGGAGCACCAGAUAAGGGAGGUGUUAAUGUGCUGUACAUUAGAAGAAGCUUUUAAAUUAAGUUUUUAUAUACUUUAAUGUGGGAGUUAUUUCAAGCUUAGCGUACUCAUAGACCUUUAUCUGAUUUCUGGGGUCAUACAUCUCUUCACCAUUUGUUUUUAUUUGCAAAAAGUUUAGGGAUGAAGAUAAACUUACAGUGUGUUUUUUUUUUAAUUUUGUACUGUUUUGCUUGAAGAUUAUUUUUAUUCUACAAUUAUAUUAGUUGUAAUUACAACAGUCAAUUCAGAUAUUAAUUGUUAAACUAUAUUAAUUGUAAAUUCCAGUCACAGGGAAAAGCAAAGAAAUCCAAAAACUGUUUCCAAUCUCCAGUGAGAGAUUAUGAUCAUAAAAACAUUCCUUUUUCAAUUAUAAUUCUGUUUUUUGUAUUUGUAUUUAGAAAUGGGGGGAAGUCAGGAAAUUUUAUUUUAGGAGCCAGUAGAAUGGCUAAACUAUGAAAGAGAAGCUUUGUUGCAGUUUACAAACAUAAAAACCAUCAAAUAGAAUAAAAUAUCAAAAAAUAAACGAGUAUUUCCAUAUCUGUUUGUAAGAGCAUUACUAUUUAAUAAUUAAGUUAUCUUGAUUUAUAGUGUAUCUGGCACUUAAUGUCAGAAAUAUCUUAUUCUCUUAGCAGAUCAAUUUGUUGUGUAAUAUGUAAAUACAGCUGCGAUAUAAAUGUAA